AAAAUAGAAACUUGGGUCCCCCUGAUUCACACUCUGUCACCCAAUCAUAUUAAAGUCUCAUCUUCUCCUCAAUCUGAUUGGAGAAGCGACAUGCUAUCUCAUGUAGUCCUGUGUGAGGGGGACUUCCUCUUAUCAUAGCGUGAAACAACCAGCCGGUACAAAAUACAGGAAGGUGAAGAAAAAGAGGCAUAAGAAGGUGUUACCCUUUUCAACAGUGAAAACGCAUGCAAAGAGAGAAGGGGAACCAGCUUGUUGCUAUAGAAACCCCAGCAGCGGUCGUGCGGCGGGCUAAUUUGGUGCUCUCUGAGACCUGCUGGGCUGUGUGGUCAGUAGGAGUCCUCCAGACAGGCCCUCAGCACAGAGGCAGUGCAGAGAGAAAAAAGUGAACGUAACUGACCUCCCAAAAUGCAUUGCAGCACAGCUUCAUCCAGUGAAGGGAAUCGCCUAGUACCUGCUCAGAGGCUUCCUGGUGCACAGUAGAGACAAACAGGUUGGUACUAAAAGAAGUGCCUUUCCUGACGUCUGCUGCUGCUUGGAUCCGCUUCUAGAACAGUCUCUGCUUCUUGCCUUGCUUGCUGCCAACGCGACUGCGAGGACGGCCUUCUCUGCUCACCUGAACCCACAUCACCUCCACAUCCGCCUUCGCCCCCCACCCCCACCAGCCGGACCCCCCCUCUCUGCAGCUUCAGCAGUCACAGCACUCAGAGUCUCUGUCUACCCCCCCCCCUCCCGAAACCUAGCACAGCCACACAGAGGCUUUUUCCCCUCUUUUUUGGGUGGUUGAUUGUUGAUUGUCGUUGUGUACAGACGCGUGUCUGCCUCCUUGUGCCACAGCUGUCCAUAAUGAGUUGUGCCGGCGGUCCUGUGCGACGCUUCAGUUGAGGGGAGGUAGGCCCGCUCGGCUCUCCGCGGGCGUGGGCGUAGACGCACGUAUCAGCCCGCCAGGACCGCUCUGGAGAUGGGCAACUGAUCGCAGGCGAGUCCCAGGCCCUCCCCCCAGCCUCUCUGACGCCGUCCUCACCCUUAACUCCGCCCGACCGCACGUCGCGUCCGGACAGCGCCCCCACUUUUUGUAUCGGUAUAUUAGCAGUAUUUUUUCCCACAGUGCCGUUUCUAAGGUUCACUUUUUGGAAAGGAAAGACGAGCGGACGCCGCAGACUCACCUGGAUUUCUUUCGCUCUUGAUCGUUGCCAUGGCAGUGAACGUCACGCCCAUUCGGGACACCAAGUGGCUGACUCUGGAAGUUUGCCGGGAGUUCCAGAGGGGCACCUGCUCCAGGCCGGACAGUGAAUGUAAAUUUGCACACCCCGCUAAGAGUUGUCAGGUGGAGAACGGGAGGGUCAUCGCCUGCUUCGACUCCCUAAAAGGCCGCUGUUCCAGAGAGAACUGUAAGUACCUACACCCUCCUCCGCACUUGAAGACUCAGUUGGAGAUAAAUGGAAGGAAUAACCUGAUCCAGCAGAAGAACAUGGCCAUGCUGGCACAGCAGAUGCAGCUGGCCAACGCCAUGAUGCCUGGGACACAACUGCAACCAGUGCUGUGGGGAAGAGAGGCACUGCAGCCCAUGUUCUCCGUCGCCCCGAGCCUCGCCACCAACGCCACCGCUGCCGCAGCGUUUAACCCUUACCUGGGCCCGGUGUCGCCCGGCCUGAUGCAGGCCGAAAUCCUCCCCAGCGCGCCCAUGCUCAUGACUGGCAACCCCAACGUCCCUGUGCCCUCCGCUGCUGCCGCCGCUGCACAGAAGCUGAUGAGGACAGACCGGCUGGAGGUGUGUAGGGAGUACCAGCGGGGCAACUGCACCCGGGGUGAAAAUGAUUGUCGAUUCGCUCACCCUGCCGACAGCACUAUGAUUGACACCAAUGACAAUACGGUGACGGUGUGCAUGGACUACAUCAAGGGCCGCUGCUCUCGGGAGAAGUGCAAGUACUUCCACCCCCCGGCCCACCUUCAGGCCAAGAUCAAGGCCGCCCAGCACCAAGUCAACCAAGCUGCUGCAGCAGCUGCCAUGACUCAGUCGGCUGUCAAAUCACUGAAGCGACCCCUCGAGGCAACCUUUGACCUGGGAAUCCCAGCCGGAGUUCUGCCUCCGUUACCAAAGAGACCCGCGCUUGAAAAAACCAAUGGUGCCACAGCCAUGUUCAAUGCUGGCAUGUUCCAGUACCAACAAGCCCUUGCCAACAUGCAGUUUCCACAGCAAGCAGCCUUUAUUCCGUCAGGCUCAAUAUUGUGCAUGACACCUGCAACAAGUGUUGUUCCCAUGAUGCACGGUGCUACACCAGCCACUGUGUCUGCAGCAACCACAUCUGCCACAAGUGUUCCCUUCGCAACUGCCACAGCCAAUCAGAUUCCGAUAAUAUCUGCAGAUCAUCUGACUAGUCAUAAAUAUGUGACACAGAUGUAGGAGUUCCACCCAGAACAAUCACGUGGGAGUGUGCAGGUGUACUGUUCACAGGAAAAGAUCACCCUUCAUGUAUAUAACAUCGAGAACAAUAGGAUAGACAGAGAAACACGCCACCUCUCAGCUGGAGGGUCACACACACCAUGCAUGCGAACGCUGAGGACCGCAGGCCCGAGGAUGUAACAAAAAAAAAACACGCAUACCGCACACGCCUCCUCUGCGUCCUCUCCGUCUCCGACCCGCUCUCCAGCUGAGACCGGCCGUGGCGUUGCCAUUACCGGCAGCCCUCCCGGCUGCGCUGAGUAGCCGAGCGACCGCACUCAGUUCUCACGCCUGUUCGUGCUCAAUCAGAAAAGGUAGAUAGUGGUGAUGUCACGCCUAACGUACCGGUACAUCUGUAGACCAAGAAAUAGUUCUUUUUUUGUUUGUUUUUUUGUGUCUUUUUUUUUUUUUUUUUUUUUUUUUGGAAUUUGUUUUGCUGUUAUGUUUGUUUCAAAUUGAUAUAUUUCUUUCAUUGUUUACAAAAAUAAAAGUGCACCUUGUACUUAGAUAUAUAUAUAUAUAUAUAUAUAUAUAUAUAUAUAUAUAUAUAAAAACAGAAAUGCCAUAUUAGAUGAAAUCGAUUGAGCAUGCACAGUGUUCUGUUCGUAAGGGUUCUGUUUUUCAAAGCCAGCUCGAUUGUAGGGGGAAAAGAGAGGUGAAGAGACAGAUGAAUGUCCUGGGUAUAAAAACACAACUGUGUACCUUUUAAAGCACAUCAAAGCUUUAACCACCUUGUGUAGACUCCGCAUCAAGUGCCAUAGACUCUACACCCAACUCUAGUGUUAUCCCACAAGUGUUAUUGUUUACCCAAGCACCACACACACACACACACACACACACACACAUAUGUAUAUAUAUAUAUGUAUAUAUAUAUAUAUAUAUAUCCUUUUCUUUCCUUAUUAUGCCAUGUCCUUUGUUAUCAGUGCCAUUUUUGUGAUUGUCUCAAGUGGCCAGGAUUGGCCAUCUCUGUGCCUGGGGCGUAGCAUCCCUAGCCUCAUGUAGGAGAUACCCAGAGGCACUGCACAUUGCUUUUUAUCCAUAAUGAAAUAAGACAGAGCAUAGUUUUCUCUUCUUGGCUGUCCUGUUUUUUUUUUCUUCUUUUUUUUUCUGGUGCUCUGUUGUUUUCUAGUUUUUGUUUUUCCCUUGAUGGAAGAUGCGGAGCUGGCCAAAGCUUGGCUCUGAUAGGAUUUCAGGGACCCCCUGGGUCAGAAGUCCACAAACCCUAAAGGUGUUGAAAGAUUAGCUCAGGAUGCUGGAAUGUUUUGUCACAGUCUCAACUGCAGAGAGAAGGAGACUCUAAACAUGGGGACGAAUGAAGCACUGUCAAAAGAUGCAUGUUAAACCAAAUGAAUGAGCAGAAAGAGAUGUUUAAAACAGAUACAGGGUGGGAUAUGUAUUUGGGUGUAUUUUUAUGUUUUUUGGUGUUAUUGUAGUAUUGUGAUUCCUUUUUAGAUUAAGUGCAUAUGGUCUGUGACAGCCUUUAAGAGAAACGUAACAUCCACAACAGAAUAUAUAUUAUUAUGUUGUGAGCACUACUUUUGUCACUGGGUUAAGCCAAAGUUUUCUCCUUUUGUGUUAGUGUUGUUUAGAAGACUUCUGCCUAGCAAACGUACAGUAAGCGUUGCCAAGGCAGGACCAAAUUCCAGAAAGUUGAACAGAAAGGUGGAAGACAGAGAGGUUGUGCUCUUGAACCUGCCUAACAUCUCAGUGCAUUGUGGGUUUUUAAAUUGUGGCCGUGACAUGGGCGCUAGUGCAGGAAUAGGUUGUUGAUUUACUGAUUGUAUUGUAUAUCUAUUAAAGCCUUAGAUUGCAUCACAGGUUUGAUGUCAUUCAAAUGUAAUUUUCAAUCAUUAAAUAACCGAAGACAUUUUAUUGUAGGUCUUAUGUAUACAAUUUAUGCUUAAUUACAUUUAAUUUGUUUCUGUGUUUUUCCCAUUGCAUAUAUAUAUAUGAAUAUAUAUGUCUGUCUCUUACAUUCUGGACAUAAGGAUGUUUUCAUUUUAUAUGACUUAAAGGUUGGAUACUGUUUUAAUAUUUAGUUAGUGGAUUUUUGUCUUACUAGACUUUACUGAUAACCUGUGUAGAAUAUUAAAUAUUAGAGAUCAUUUUGUGUUCUUCAUACCAUACUCAUAGUUUUGAAUUUAGUGUCAAUUUAAGUGUUAGUAUUAUUAUUGUAAACAUAUUGAUUUUUAUUUUUAAGUGAAAUGUAAUAAUGUCGGUCAUUUUUCCUUGUCUGUUUAAAUUCUUUGAACAAAGACCUUUUAUAUGGAUAUCUUAAAAUGAGGACAUCAUUGCUAAGGAAGAUGUUGAGUUGUUGCUGUGGCAACAACACUGGCUGAGAAUUGAGUAAUAUUUUAAUGAUUUAUGGUUUGUAUCUAGUCACAAUUAUAAGAAAAAAAUAUUAAUUAAAAAAAUCUAGUUCUUAGAUGGUAGAGUAAAAGUUAUUUUCUACUGUAUCCAUUUCAAAUGGUAAAGUAUUGUUUUAAUAUUUUUAAAUUCCCUGGAUGUCAGGCCUUGUUUUACAAAAAAGCUGCAGAAUAGAUUGUGGGGCUUUAUAAGAGAUAAAGGAUAUGGGGCAAUUGUGGGGCCCCCAAUCAGUGAUUAUGCUGCAGAUGAGCGAGUCAGAACUUGACGGACUAAGGUUGACUUUUUGCACUUCUGUAUAUAGUCAAAAAGAGAGAAAACAUGUAUAAUAUUGAGAUCUUAUUUUGAAUAUAAAAAAAUGUCUAUAAUUAAGAGGAAUUUUGUUAGGUUAAUUAAAAAUAAACAAAAGACAGGCUGAACAAAAUUGCUUGCAAAAGUGGCACGGAGUUCUCACUCUCGCUCCUUUCGGGGAAAAAGGCAAAAGGUUGCUCUGCUUUUUGUCAGCAGCUUGUAGUUUGCCAGGAAGCCUUCAGGGGGAUGUCACUCUUCCCCCAGAGAUGUGACCUGUCUGGCGGAGUCCGGUGCCCUCACCUGCCUUAUCACAGGUGUGACGGGACCGUGCCCGAGCAGGUCCGACCAUACAACAACUUCUGUUCCUUAGUUUGUCGAGGAGGAUUGCAUGUUCAAGGAAAUAACAUUAAAGCAAAGACACACGAUAAUUAUUUAGGUAAAUAAAUAUGUUAUACAGCAAAGUGUAUUUAAGGUAUACAGUAUAAUAUCAACAUAAUGGAUAAAGAUAAAUAAUUACAAAAACAGAGUGGUUCGCUGAAAAGAAUACAAGGAAGCACUCAGUUUCACUACAAGUAAUAACAGACUGGCACACACGUACAUGCAGACAGUACACAUACACGUAUUCACACACAACACACAUCAUAGCUUUAGUGGUCACAUCGCUAUUUUUAUUUGUUAUUUGCACUUUUAGCAGAUGAAACCGAUGCCAUUGAUGAAUGCGUUGGAUGUGUGAAGAUACCAUUUAGGCUAUCUUAGUUUUGGGGUAGCUGAGUUGAUUCUAAAGAACCUGACAGGACCGGCUCUGUCUCUCGCUGGUUUAUUCUGACAGUCUUACAGCUCCGCGUCGAUCUCUCUUCAUCUGCUCAAAGUGCACACACUUGGGGUUUAAUGCCGUGUAAUCUUUUUCUGCUUGUAGUUGCUUAAAAACAAUGUAUUCUGUCCUUUGCUGCAGUUUGUUUUCUGCUAAUUUUAUGCUAUGUUUGAUUUUUGCUGUUAUGAAUAAAAAACAAAAUAUAAAGAAAAUAAAAGUGGAUUUGCUCUAAGAAAAA